AUGAGGGCACCUAUUUCGGGACUUCCACUCAAAAUUUAUUUGGCUGCGACGAACACAGCGGUUGGGGCUUUGCUUGCCCAAGAUGAUCAUGGUGGGGAAGAGAAUCCCAUUUAUUAUGUGAGUAGGCAAUUAAGGGGAGCUGAAACGAGAUAUCCAAAGACCGAACUCUUGUGCCUUGCUCUUGUCUAUGCUGCGCAGCACCUGCGACACUACUUCCUUGCUCACAAGCUACAACUCAUAGUAAAGUCUGAUCCCGUAAGAUACUUGCUCACAAGGCCGGUGUUAUCUGGACGUCUUGCAUGUUGGUUGCUGCAGCUGUCUGAAUUCGAUAUCACAUGCACCACUCCAAAAGCCAUCAAAGGAUAA